AUGGCGUCCCGCAAAACACAGCAAGAGAUCGAAAAGACCUUCAAGAGAGUCGCUGAAGGGAUACAAACAUUCGAGGGCAUCUACGAGAAGAUCCGUUCCGCCACAAACCCCACCCAGCGCGAUAAGCUCGAGGAGAACUUGAAACGCGAGAUCAAGAAGCUUCAAAGGUUUCGUGAUCAGAUCAAAUCAUGGGCGGCAGGCAAUGAAGUCAAAGACAAGGCUCCCUUAUUGGAGCAGCGAAAAGCGAUUGAAACGUGUAUGGAGCAAUUCAAGGCCGUCGAGAAAGAGAUGAAGACAAAGGCCUACUCCAAAGAAGGCCUAUCAGCCGCGCAACGACUCGAUCCCCGAGAAAAGGAGAAGGUGGAAGCUUCCGACUUUCUUUCUGCCAUGGUAGAUGAGCUGGGGCAGAAGAUCGAGGCGAUGGAGGCUGAAGAAGAAACACUGCAUGCGCAAAUGAAGAAGGGGAAGAAAGAUAUGUCCAAAGCCAACCGAAUGGCCGACCUUCAACGAGUGACGGAGCGACAUAAGUGGCAUGUCAACAAGCUUGAGUUCCUCAUGCGGUCCUUGCAAAAUGGCAAUCUAGAGGUGAACCAGGUGAUGGAUCUGAAAGAGAGUAUCACAUAUUACGUCGAGGAAGGUGGGAAUAUCGACUACUCCGGAGAGGAUGAGACGCUCUAUGAUGACUUGGACAUUGGUGAAGAGGUGGAGGCCCAAUUCGGAAUGGGCAACGAGAACGAUCGUGUAUCAUCACAAGAUACCCAGUCUAUUCAGGAUGAUGAGCCGGAGCCGAAACCCAAGCCAAAGGCAGAUCCCACGACGACUAGACGACCAUCAACGCAGAUGAAGUCUCCGCUUCCUGUUCUCGCUACCCUCCCAUCUGCUUCAUCCAGUGCCACCCCUGGCAUGAAACCCGCACCGCUCCCUACUCGCCUACCUGGAGAAACGUUGAAGUAUGCUUCAGCUGCGGCGGCGGCGGCGGCCAGCGACAAAAGUGGAGUUGGCAUUUUACCACUUCCCCCACCACCAGGCGCCAGCCCAGCGUUCUCCGCUGCCCUUCCCAUCUCCAAGGCAUCCUCCAUUGCCUCCCCUAGUGUUGCCCACGUGAACCCUAUUUCCAAGCCACCCAGUGCUGCUGUUGCGACUUCCUCUUCUGAAGAGCCUGCUUUUGCUUCACGAUCAAAGGUCUCCUCGGGAAUCUCGGGUACUUCAUCACCAGCCCCUGCCGCUCAAGCGGACGCGUCCAAGGCGCCGACAACGAACGGCAGCAGUGUGACGCAGGAUAGUGAGAGCAGUGAAGAGUCAAUAUGGCAUUUGCCUCCGGGACUUCAAGACUUGUUACAAUCAUUCGAGGUGACUAAGCAGCGUUCAUCAAAUGAGCCCACCCCUGCCGUGUCAAGACUUCUGGCGACUUCUCUUCAAAAUUGUCCGGAGGCUGGGGAUGCGGAAAAGCCGCGGCAUUACAAGCCCCAAAAUCCUUACAACACUCCCCUUUACUAUCCGCAGGAACCUCUUGCUAUCUUUGACGAUCCUCGGUUGUAUGAUACCGGCCGCAUCGACACUGACACCCUCUUCUACCUCUUCUACUACCGACAAGGGACCUACCAACAAUAUUUGGCAGCGAAGGCCCUGAAGAACCAAAGUUGGCGGUUCCACAAGCAAUACCAAACAUGGUUUCAGCGGCACGAGGAGCCGAAGAACAUCACCGAGGAGUUCGAACAGGGUACCUACCGAUUCUUCGACUAUGAAAGUACCUGGAUGAACCGACGCAAGGCUGAUUUCAAGUUUGUGUACAAAUAUCUCGAGGACGAGUUAUGA